AUGUCGGACAUUUGUGAUUUUGAGUGGUCCAACAAUCGGUACCGUCACAAUCUGACCAUAUCGGAGCUAAAGCUGGGCUUCAAUCGGAACGAACCGACCGAUCGCAGCCGGGCGUUGAUCGCCCUGAAGGAACUGAUCGGUGCCAGCCGAGAUUAUGCGCUGAAGGAUAAGUCCUGCUUUCAGGACGACGAGUUCCUGUUUCGGUUUCUGUACGCGCGCAAGUUCAACGUCAACGAGGCGUUCCAGCUGAUCAUCAACUAUCACGCGUACCGGCAGCGCAAUGCGGCCAUCCUGCAGCGUUUGUCGGUGCUGGACGAGACGAUACAGAUUGCGCUGCGGGAUGGAUUCCCCGGUGUGCUAACGAACCGGGAUCGGCGCGGUCGUAAGGUGCUGGUGUUCUUUACCGCCAACUGGGACUAUGCGUCCUACUCCCUAGUCACUGUGUACCGGGCGAUGCUGCUCACGAUCGAGAAGCUGCUGGAGGACAAGCAGAACCAGGCGAACGGAUUCAUCGCGAUCGUCGACUGGACGAACUUCACGUUCCGUCAGUCGUCGAACCUGAAUCCGAAGGUGUUGAAGCUGAUGAUCGAGGGACUGCAGGACUGUUUCCCGGUACGAUUUAAGGCGAUCCACUUUAUCGGCCAACCGUGGUACGUCGAAGCGGCAUUGGCCGUUAUUCGGCCGUUCCUGAAGGAGAAGACCCGCGAUCGAAUAAAACUGCACGGCAGUAAUCUGUCCACCCUGCAUGACUGCGUCGCCCGGGACAUCCUUCCAACCGAGCUCGGCGGCGAGGGGCCCACGUUUAAUCCGCUCAACUGGUACCACGAGCUGCUCGAAUCGAGCCAAACCGUCACGAAACCGGCACCUUCGUACUGUCUCAGCCAGACGCAGAUCUACACCAAAACGCCGGCCCAGUUCGUACCAACGGUCGGCGGCCAUCGGAAAGGGGCCGACCUGUCGCCGACGCAAUCGCCCACGCCAUCACCACCCUCCUCGCUAUCGUCCACGAAUGGGGCCGAAUUUCUGAAGGCGGCCACCAAGGCAGCCGCCGUCAAGAUCGGUGUCCUGACGGCCAAAGCGAACGAUCCGGCCACGAACACGCUGCUCGGUGUGACGACCGGUGCCGGCGGUGGUGAUUUGUGA